CUUAAACUUCGACGUUGCCCCCAAUUUCCUUCAACGGCCUCUUCGAAGUGAAACUCAAAAUUAUGCUGAGUUGUCAUUCUGAUGAUGUACCCACGCCUCGGAUGACGUUUUUUGAUAGGGAGUGUCUCGUGAAACAGACUCCUUCCUUUCCCUCACUUUCCAUCCAUCUACGGUCCAAUGUCGUACCACACCUAUCUUCUCCAGUUGCAGAUGCUCAACAUACACUCCAGCACAAUGCACGAGAGAUUGAGCAUCUUCGAGCUGCCAUUCACGCCUUGGAAGCCGAGCAGGCCACCAUCGCGCGUUACGUCGCCGAGUCACAAUCAUUGUUAACGCCCAUUCGAAAACUCCCUGUAGAGAUUCUGGGAGAGAUUUUUGCCAUACACUGCGCACGGGGAACGGGGAACAUUGUAGGAGAGCGACCGUACUAUCCCGCAUUGCGUGUCUCUCAAGUAUGUUAUUUCUGGAGGCAGGUUAUGUUGUCACGGACGGAAUUGUGGGCCAAGUUGGAGGUGCGAUUGGAUCAGAUGACGAAGGGAUCUUUGGAGCUGUUGAAGUUGUUCUUGGAACAUUCAAAGGCCUCGCCUUUGACUUUACGGGUGACGAGUGGCUAUUGGAACUCUUCGGUGGACAGCCACUCGACAUUGCCUUGGAAUGCGCUGCAGCUUCUCCUCGAAAACGCACAUAGGUGGUUCUCAGCCACGCUUAGACUCGACUACCAGCUCUUUUUAAGGGCCUCUUCAAAGGUGGCUCAGGCUUUAGAACAGCAGGAUGUCAAACAUAACUCCGAAACUUCUUCAAUUCAUUCCCCUUUCUCUAGGCUCGAGCACUUGGAUAUCUCUUGGUUUGACUGUAGGAUUUCCUCCGUCUACAGUGACAGACCGGCGAUACGAUUGUUCGAGAAUGCUUCCUCUUUACGGUCGCUGACCAUACCCCAUUAUGACGACUGUUUCGUAUUCCCUCUUUCUAACGUCCACACAUUCAAAUUGACGAAUGUGCAUCGAAAUCCUACUUCCAUCCUACCUCAAUGCACAAAUUUGACGAAAUUGUCGAUUCUGAAUUUCGCGAUUCGAGAUUCUGGCCUAGUGGCCUCGCGUCCGCAAGUUUCCAAUAUCACUCAUCUAGAUAUCCAAUUAUCUAGCUAUUUCGAGACACUGACGCUCAAGAAUCUGUUCGAUCAUCUGGAGUUGCCUUGUUUGACGUCUCUCACGGUUUCAGAGCCGUUUCAUAGAUAUGUCAACCGACGGACGUGGUCCCAAGAAGCCUUUGUAUCUCUUCAAUCCAGGUCGGGAUUCCAGCUGCAGAAGCUCGGCAUUAUGGAGGUUCCGAUUACAGGCGAGGAUUUGGUGGAAGUCUUGACAUUGAAUCCGUUCCUUAGGGAGCUUACGUUCUUUGAAUGGCAUUUGCGUAGUGCGACGAAGAAGCUUCUGGAGGCUCUCGUUUCGUCGUCAUCUACCGCGGAAACGGUGGUCCCGGGGCUUAAGCAUCUUAGGGUAAGGUCAGAUGAGGCUUUGGUGGAUAUUGGGCGUGUGGUGGAGUCACGGUUGCUUUCGAGUUCGGGGCCUCUUGAAGAGGUUCUUCUGUUUGGUGGGCAGAUAGGAUGCAUGGAUUUAAAUGUCAUUUGUGCGCAUGGGACAAGGAUAGUGGUAAGGCAUGAGCCGACGCUUUCGGAACGCGUGUAUCAGCCCCGUCGAAAGGGCUGA